GCAUCAGCCCCUAACAAUGGAAAUCAUUUUUUUCUUGUCAUGAUGGAGAAUUUUAGUAAAAUGCACACAAUUGACAUUGGCAGAAAUUGUGGUUAUUAUUACUGAAAAAUUCAAAUCAGGGGGACAGAUGCAUACUGUCACAUUCUCAAAUUGGGGCAAUUAUGGAGAAAGCAUUCACCAAUUUUCUAUUAACAGUACUCUUGUUGCUUCACUAUGUUAUGGCUAGUUCAGCCAUGACUCGUACCAACAUUUCCACGGAUCAAUUAGCUCUUCUUUCUUUGAAAUCCCAAAUUAGUUCCGACCCCUUUCACUUCUUGAAUGAAAGUUGGUCUCCCGCUACUUCAAUUUGUCAUUGGGUAGGAGUCACUUGUGGUUCUCGUCACCAGCGAGUGAAGUCCUUGAAUCUUUCCAACAUGGAUCUUACAGGAAGGAUCCCCCGUGAUUUUGGAAACCUCACAUUUCUUGGUUCUCUUGACUUGGGAAGCAACAAUUUCCAGGGAAAUUUGCCUCAAGAAAUGGCACGCUUGCGUCGGCUUAAGUUUAUUGAUUUAAGUUUCAACAACUUUAGAGGGGAGAUUCCUUCUUGGUUUGGCUUUUUACACCAACUUCAAUUUCUAAUUCUUAGAAAUAAUAGCUUCACCGGUUCACUCCCCUCAUCAUGUUUUAAUAUUUCAAAGCUUGAAAUUUUGGAUUUGACAUUCAAUUCGUUAGAAGGUCAAAUUCCAAAGGAGAUUGCAAGUGUUGAAAACCUGAGAUAUUUAAGCUUGUACGGAAACAAUAUCAUAGGGUCUAUUCCUCCGGCAAUAUCAAAUGCCUCAAUGUUGGAGGAUUUAGAUUUAUCUCACAAUUUAUUUCAAGGGAACAUUCCAGAAGGGAUCGGCAAUCUUCACAACCUGAAUUGGUUGUCCAUACAAUUUAAUCAGCUUACGGGUUCUAUACCAUUCCCAAUUUUCAAUAUUUCUAGAAUAGAAGUCCAUGCAUUGAGUUUUUUUUACACAUUAAAUGCAGGUAUAAUUCCACAAGAAAUCGGAAAUCUUGUUAAUUUGGUAGAGUUUGACAUGGGAGCAAACCUGAUUACUGGCUCUAUCCCGAUCUCCAUAUUCAAUAUCUCCUCUUUGCAAUUUAUUUCACUAUGGAGGAACAAUCUCAAGGGAUCCUUACCACGGGAGAUUGGAAACUUAACCAAGAUACAAGUUUUAUAUCUUCACAACAAUAGGUUUACUGGUGAAAUACCAAAAGAGAUACGAAAUCUCGUUGAGUUGGAGACAGUUGGUUUUGGGUUUAAUAGUUUUAGUGGUUCACUUCCAAUGGAGAUUUUCAACAUAUCAGGGAUGAGAACAAUUGAUCUUUCAGCCAACAAUCUAUCAGGAACUCUACCACCAAACAUAGGUUUUAUCGUACCCAACAUUGAAGAGCUUUAUCUGAGUAGCUUAACCAAUCUUGUUGGGACUAUUCCUCAUUCAAUCGCCAAUUGUUCAAAGCUUACUCUUCUAGAGGUUUCAUACAACAAACUCACUGGCUUGAUUCCAAAUUCUCUUGGAUAUUUGACGAAUCUACAGUUCCUAAACUUGGGGGGGAACAAUUUAACCUGCGACUCCUCGUUAAGCUUCAUGGCUGACUUAACCAAUUGCAGAAAUUUAACAUAUCUUGAUCUAGAAGUGAACCCUCUAAAUGGCAUGCUUCCAGUAUCAACAGGGAAUCUUUCCACGUCUCUUAUGAGGUUUUACGCCAACAGUUGCAAAAUCAAAGGGAGAAUUCCGAAUGAAGUUGGGAACUUAAGCAGCCUUUUAGACCUCGAUCUUUCUGGAAACAACUUGGUUGGAUCGAUUCCCACAUCAAUUGGCAACAUGAUAAACCUUCAGCGCUUCAACUUGAGUAACAACAAACUUACAGGAUUUAUUGGAGAUAAUCUUUGUAAAUUGCAGCAUUUGGGUGAUAUUUACUUGGGUCAAAAUCAUCUUUCAGGAUCUCUUCCUAAUUGUUUAGGGAACGUCACUUCCCUUAGAGGGAUACAUAUGGGUUCCAACAAAUUGAGUUCCAAUAUACCAACUAGCUUAGGGAAUCUUAAAGAUUUAGUGGUUCUUGACUUAUCAUCAAACGAAAUGGUUGGUUAUUUACCUCCAGAAAUUGGAAAUUUGAAGGUUGCAACGCUGAUAGAUCUGUCGAUGAAUCAAUUCACAACUGAAAUUCCUAGAGAAAUUGGAGUAUUGCAAAAUUUGGUGCACCUUUCUUUGAGACACAACAAGUUGCAAGGAUCUAUACCUGACUCAAUGAGCAACAUGGCAGGUUUGGAAUUCCUAGACCUUUCUCAUAAUAAUAUAUCAGGAACCAUUCCUAUGUCUUUGGAGAAACUUCAAAACCUGAAGUAUUUCAAUGUUUCUGUCAACAAGUUGUACGGUGAAAUACCCUCGGGGGGUCCUUUCAAGAACCUCUCGAGUCAGUCUUUCAUCGACAAUGAAGCAUUGUGUGGUUCUUCAAGGUUUAGUGUGCCGCCAUGCCCCACUUCAUCAGAGCACAGAUCAAAUAGAAAAAAAAUGCUUGUUCUAUUUCUUAUGCUGGGAAUUGCACUUGUAUUUGUUCCUAUGACCCUUGUGUCUGUAUGGAUAAGGUAUAGAAGAGGUAAAAGUGUUCCUCAACGAGCUGAUUCAUUGUCUGUCGUAACAAGAGAAAGAAUUUCAUACUAUGAACUUCUCCAAGCAACUGAUGCGCUUAGCGAGAGUAAUCUGAUCGGUUCUGGAAGUUUUGGUUCUGUUUACAAAGGCAUUCUCGGAAGUGGGACUGCCAUUGCAGUUAAAGUGUUCAAUCUGCAACUGGAAGCGGCAUUCAAGAGUUUCGAUACAGAAUGUGAAGUUUUGCGGAGCCUUCGCCAUAGGAAUCUCGUGAAAGUCAUCACGAGUUGUUCCAACCUUGAUUUUAAGGCUUUAGUGCUCGAGUAUAUGCCUAAUGGAAGUCUUGAAAAAUAUUUGUAUUCUCACAACUACUUCCUAGACAUCAGGCAGAGACUAAGCAUUAUGAUAGAUGUGGCAUGUGCGUUGGAAUAUCUUCACCAUGGUUGCUCCUCGCCCGUGAUUCAUUGUGAUCUAAAGCCUAGUAAUGUCUUGCUAGAUGAGGAUAUGGUUGCCCAUCUAAGCGACUUUGGUAUUUCAAAACUGCUUGGUGAAGAUGAGCAUUAUUUAUACACUAAAACCUUAGCAACAUUGGGUUAUAUUGCACCGGAGUAUGGACUGGAUGGACUGGUGUCAGUAAAAUGUGAUGUCUAUAGUUACGGGAUCAUGUUGCUAGAAACGUUUACUAGGAGAAAGCCUAAUGAAUUUGAAGGAGACCUUAGCUUGAAGCAAUGGGUGAGUUAUUCACUUUUUGAUGAGGCAGUAAUGGACGUUGUAGAUGCCAACUUGGUAACACCAAUGGAUAAUCAGUUACAGAAGGAGCUAGACGUUGUGACAUCAAUCAUGAAAGUUGCAUUAGAUUGUUGUGCUGAAUCUCCGGCUGGAAGGACAAACAUGAAAAAUGUUGUAGGGAUGCUACAAAAAAUCAAGAUGCAACUUCUUGGAUAUUGAGCAUGGUACUAAAAACUUUAUUCAAUAACUUGUUUGUCGCAAAUGUUUGCUAAAUUUUUGUUAUCAUGUAAUGAUUGCAUUAUUU